UGAGUGCCCAGGAGUGAGAGGAACUAGAGGAGGAGAGGCAGCGUGAAGCAGCCAGGAGUUGGAGUUAGACCAGGAGCUUGAGCCAGACCUGGAGUCUAAGGUGCUUUUGCUAAAGCAGCAGCAACUAAAGAAGUUGAAAAGAUGCUGGUUGUCUUGGGACUGCUCACCUCCUUCCUUUCUUUCCUGUAUGUGAUAGCUCCAUCCAUCAGGAAGUUCUUUGCCGGUGGCGUUUGUAGAUCAAACGUGCAACUUCCUGGGAAGGUAGUGGUGAUCACUGGCGCCAACACAGGCAUUGGCAAGGAGACGGCCAGAGAACUCGCUCGCAGAGGAGCCAGAGUAUAUAUUGCCUGCAGAGAUGUACUGAAGGGAGAGUCUGCAGCCAGUGAAAUCCGAGCUGAUGCAAAGAACUCCCAGGUGCUGGUGCGGAAACUGGACCUAUCUGAUACCAAAUCCAUCCGAGCCUUUGCUGAGGGCUUUCUAGCAGAGGAAAAGCAGCUCCAUAUUCUGAUCAACAAUGCAGGGGUGAUGAUGUGUCCAUAUUCUAAGACAGCUGAUGGCUUUGAAACCCACCUGGGAGUCAACCACCUAGGCCACUUUCUUCUUACCCACUUGCUCCUGGAGCGGCUGAAAGAGUCCACUCCUUCACGGGUGGUGAACCUGUCAUCGGUAGUCCACCAUGCUGGCAAGAUUCGCUUCCAUGACCUCCAGGGUGAGAAGCGCUAUAGCCGAGGUUUCGCUUAUUGCCACAGCAAGCUGGCUAAUGUGCUUUUUACUCGUGAGCUGGCCAGGAGGCUCCAAGGCACAGGGGUCACAACCUACGCUGUGCACCCAGGCGUGGUCAGCUCUGAGCUGAUCCGGCACUCCUUUCUGCUGUGUCUGCUCUGGCGGAUCUUCUCCCCCUUCGUCAAGUCGGCACGGGAGGGGGCGCAGACCAGCCUGCACUGUGCCCUGGCUGAGGGCCUAGAGCCGUUGAGUGGCAAGUACUUCAGUGACUGCAAGAGGACCUGGGUGUCUCCAAGGGCCCGAGAUAAUGAAACAGCUGAGCGCUUGUGGAAUGUCAGCUGUGAGCUUCUAGGAAUCCAGUGGGAGUAGUGCUGAUGGAAGAGCCACAGCUUUAUCAGGCCUAGUCCACAUCAUACUGAAACGGGACCAAGGAAAAGGCCAGUUCUGAAGGGUUGUCCUCCUGGUUGGCUGCUGUUGAGGAUCCUGUCCUGCUCCGAUUCUCCUGUCUCUUCUGGAAAACUUUGCACACCCAACUCUCUUGUGAGGCUGUUCCAUGGCACAAGAUGUUCACACCUAUAGAGAAUUCUUCUCCAAGGCUUGCAGAGUCAGCUGCCCUCUCCAGGCAGGAGGGCUGCACAGAUGCCAGGCUGGGCACAAGGAUGGCAGAAGAGCCUGGAAAAUUAGGUCAGUUUCCUCACCAAUACCAGAAAUGCCAGCAAGCAUGCUCAGCUGAGGUGACAGGAGCGUCAGCGUUAUACACUGUAUUUCCAGGGACUAUAGACUAUAGACACUGUAUUUCCGGAGACCCAAACUCCGGACUGAUCUCUCUUUGAGAUACUAGUCACAACUCUGGAGUCUGGACCAACUCAGGAAAAUCAUGGCUAAUCCUUGGCCAACUUUAGUUUCUUUCUCUGAUCAUCCUGGAGCCACUGCAUGAAGCUGAACCCUCCCAUUUUCUCUUUCUGGUUCUUUUUAAGAAGUUAAAAAAAUUUUUUUUUGCUAGGUUUAUUAAGAUAUAAUUAACAUAUAAUACUGAGUAAGUUUGAGCUUUCUCAUUUUUGAACAUGUAGAUAGUUUCCUUCUACAAAGUUGCCUUUACCUAAAUUUGUAGAGAAAAUAAAGUCUGUGCAUUCA